GUUCAUUAUCCUUUCAUCGAGGUGUGUGAGCAAAGCUCUCUUACGUUCAGUCUGAAGUGGAAAAACAGAGCAAUGGCAAUAUCUCAUCUUCUUUCUCCAUUACCAUCUCUCACCUUCUUCCAAACCAGAAACCUAACCCUAACCGGUCGUUCUUCUUCGUCUCUCCCUCUAAACUCUAAUCCCCACUUCCCAAAACCAAGUCCUGCAAGGGAAAGAGCUGCCACACUCGUCCUCCGAUCCAAGGGAGACGACUCCGUGGACGCAUCCGAUCGUCUCAUCUCAGCAGUCUGUUACUUCUACCCGUUCUUCGAUGGCAUCCAGUACGGUAAAUUCAUCAUCACGCAAUACCAACCUUUCCAGAUUCUCAUCCAGCCUCUGUUUCCGGCCAUCAAGGCCUUCAAGAGCUUCCCUUUCAAUGGCUUCCUCAUCUUCAUCACUCUCUACUUCGUCGUCGUCAGGAACCAGAAUUUCAGCAGGUACGUUAGGUUCAACACGAUGCAGGCCAUUGUCCUCGACGUGCUGUUGAUCUUCCCGGAUUUGCUUGAGAGGAGCUUUAAUCCCACAGAUGGGUUUGGUUUGGAUGUGGUGAUGAGUUUGGAUAGCACUGUGUUCCUCUUCUUGCUUGUCUCUUUGAUCUAUGGUUUCUCUGCUUGCUUGUUUGGUCUGGUCCCGAGGUUGCCCAUUGUUGCUGAUGCUGCUGAUAGGCAAGUCCUUUGAACCAAUAACUUGUAUGUAUUGGAUCUGAUCAAUUGAAACACAAUGUAACUUUUUGAUCAAUGAAAUGUUUCUUUGCAAGA